AUGUCAGGGACUUCGAGGGGCCAAGUUACCAUUACGCUUGGGCGUGGUGGCCAGGUAGUGAAGAGGGCAGUUUCCGGGUCUGAUGGUUCUUUAUCUGAUUCUCUGCCUGCAGCUGGGACCAAGCGGUCUGUUAGAGAUAGGUUAGGAGGUAAUGUAGAUGGUGCUUUCUCGCAUGGAAGCCUACACAACAGCAACAAACGCCAGCGAGGAGAUUAUGGUGUGUCAAGUUUGAACUCCAAUGGUUUUGAUGAUGCGCGCAUUGGUAAAGGUGACCUCCGACUUAAACUCAUGCAAAAGAAUGCGUUUAGACGAGCUCAGAGUGAUGAUGAUCAGAGGCAUGGGGACCUUCGUGAGAAGCUUUCAAAGGCAGUUCAGCGACCUUCUACUGGCCUUGACCCACGGCAGCACUUGCCCGAACUAAAGGAGACUGGUGCCAUGGCUCGAAUCCCUUCUACGAGAAGUGCAGAUGAUUUGCCGCAUGUGGACUCAUUGAGAAAUUCUUAUUCCCCUUGGACACUGGACCAUUUAAGACGAAGAUCCCCAGAUAGAGUUAUAGUCACUUCUAGGGCCCUCUCCCCCCAGAGGAAUCCUGACGAAUUGCAGAGAAGGCCAUUAAACAGGGCAUUUGAUGAUGUCAGAUCGGUUCCAUAUAUGAGCAAAGAUGUUCUAGAUACUACAAGGCCCACAAAUGCUGCUCCUUUCAUGUCUAAUCCUCCAUUGCCUCCUGGAUCUGUGAAGCCUGUGGCCCCACCUCCACCCCAUUUGAGCCAACUUCCUCCACUGAGCAGCAUUGUACAGAAAAGUUCAUACGUGGCUGAUGAACAACAGACUGUAGAUGGCUUGCUACAGACGCUGGGGUUGGGAAAAUAUGCCAUCAUUUUUAAGGCAGAGGAAAUUGAUAUGACUGCAUUGAAGCAGAUGGGAGAAAAUGAUCUCAAAGAGCUGGGAAUACCUAUGGGACCAAGGAAGAAGAUUCUUCUUGCUCUCUUGCCCCGUUCCAAGCGGCCACCAGCGAUACGUUGA